AUGACUGGGAUCAACAGCCUCAGACUGUCUGUGGGGAUGACAUCACGUGGCCACGUGGCCCCGUGCCCCGUAUUGAGUCAAGAACAGUGUCCAUGUGGGUUGGAGAUGUCCUCCUCUGGCUCCCUGGAUCGCCAGGUCACCGUAUCCCUCAGGGAUGAAACACCAAGCCCCAGAGAAAGCCUCCCAGCCCCAGAGAAAGCCUCCCAGCCCCAGAGAAAGCCUCCAAGCCCCAGAGAAAGCCUCCAAGCCCCAGAGAAAGCCUCCCAGCCCCAGAGAAAGCCUCCCAGCCCCAGAAAAAGCCUCCCAGCCCCAGAGAAAGCCCCAGAGAAAGCCUCCCAGCCCCAGAGAAAGCCUCCCAGCCCCAGAGAAAGCCUCCCAGCCCCAGAGAAAGCCUCCAAGCCCCAGAGAAAGCCUCCCAGCCCCAGAGAAAGCCUCCCAGCCCCAGAGAAAGCCUCCCAGCCCCAGAGAAAGCCUCCCAGCCCCAGAGAAAGCCUCCAAGCCCCAGAGAAAGCCUCCCAGCCCCAGAGAAAGCCUCCCAGCCCCAGAGAAAGCCUCCCAGCCCCAGAGAAAGCCUCCAAGCCCCAGAGAAAGCCUCCAAGCCCCAGAGAAAGCCUCCAAGCCCCAGAGAAAGCCUCCCAGCCCCAGAGAAAGCCUCCAAGCCCCAGAGAAAGCCUCCAAGCCCCAGAGAAAGCCUCCAAGCCCCAGAGAAAGCCUCCAAGCCCCAGAGAAAGCCUCCAAGCCCCAGAGAAAGCCUCCAAGCCCCAGAGAAAGCCUCCAAGCCCCAGAGAAAGCCUCCAAGCCCCAGAGAAAGCCUCCAAGCCCCAGAGAAAGUCUCCAAGCCCCAGAGAAAGCCUCCAAGCCCUAGAGAAAGCCUCCAAGCCCUAGAGAAAGCCUCCAAGCUCCCCUCAAGG